GUAAUCCUCAGAUAAACUUAUACUGGGAAUCUCUUGAAAACACGAAUAACAUAGUCAAAAAUUGAACAUGACUGCCGCCAACAAAUAUUCCAUACUGCUUCCCACGUAUAAUGAGCGGGAGAAUCUUCCCAUCAUAAUCUGGUUAAUCGUGAAAUACAUGCAGGAAGCGAACAUCGACUACGAAGUAAUCGUCAUCGACGAUGGCAGCCCGGAUGGAACGCUGGACGUUGCCAAGGAGCUGCAAAAGAUCUACGGCGAGAACCGAAUUCUUCUUCGGCCACGAGCCGCCAAGCUGGGUCUCGGAACGGCCUACAUCCACGGUAUGGAGCAUGCCAACGGGAACUACAUCAUAAUUAUGGAUGCCGAUCUGAGCCAUCAUCCCAAAUUCAUUCCGAAAUUUAUCGACUUCCAGAAGGAAGCCGACUACGACGUCGUUUCCGGUACCCGCUACCUGGGCGACGGAGGUGUCUACGGAUGGGACUUCAAGCGGAAGCUCAUCUCCCGGGGAGCCAACUUUCUGACGCAAGUGUUGCUCAGACCGAAAGCGUCGGAUUUGACCGGUUCCUUCCGGCUGUACAAGAAGGAAGUGCUGAAGGAGCUCAUUUCCCGCUGCAAAUCCAAGGGCUACGUCUUCCAGAUGGAAAUGAUUGUGCGGGCUCGGCAGUUGAACUACACCCUCGGAGAGGUACCGAUUUCGUUCGUCGAUCGCGUCUAUGGACAGUCGAAACUGGGCGGAUCGGAGAUAUUCCAGUUUGCCAAGAAUUUGCUGUACCUGUUUGCAACCACGUAGUCUCGUGGAGUUUAGCUGAAUGUGUGCCGGUUGGUUGU